AUGACGACACAACUCCUUUCCACCGAGUUGACCAAUCUCAUUCAGGAGAGUAAGCGGAAGCAUAAUGACCUGCGACAGUUACCACAGGCUGCAGAGAAAUCAUUAGACGAAUUAAGGAAUUUGAGAAAUCCGUCUGAACAGACGGCCCCUGAAGAGCUGUCUCAGAAACCCAACUUCGUGAACCCUUUCAUCAUCGCAUGUGGCACAAAAAAUGCAAAGUUCACUGCAAUUGCCAUCGUCUGUCUACAGCGCCUCAUUGUUGCUCAGGCCUUACCAAGGUCCAAGUUGAAUCAGGUCCUGGAGGCGUUGAUGCAAGCUACAUCAGCUGGUCUCGAUGUACAACUCAAGAUCUUGCAAGCGCUACCCUCGCUUGUUCAGAAUUAUGCGUCCGAUCUUAAAGGAAACUUGUUGGUGACGACGUUGAACAUUUGCUUUACGCUUCAGAGUAGCAAAAAUGCAAUUGUGAACCACACCUCAGCGGCGACACUUCAGCAACUGGUCGUGUCCGUCUUUGACAAAGUUGUCGCCGAAGAUAAGAAAGCAGGCGAAGGAUCUAUGAACAACGACCCAGAAUACUCAGAUAAUCAUCCUGCAGCAACCGACGCCUACAGAAUCUUCAAUGACUUGUGCCUAAUGACUGAACACCAACGGCCAGAGUUCAUUCGCGUUUCGGGACUUCAACAGACAUUUGGGCUAGAACUUAUUGAGUCCGUUAUAACAAAUCAUGCCACUGUCUUCAGUAAACACCCCGAGCAAGCGCAAAUUCUACGCAGCAGGGUUAUGCCACUUAUCAUAGGCGCACUAAAGGCGAAGCCCAACUUUGCUACCACGGUCCGAUUGAUGCGAAUUCUGUACACUAUGCUGCGUAGGCAUAUCAGCAUUUUACCGUCAGAAUGCGGUGAGGCGCUGGCUGUACUAACACAUAUCCUUGACCAAGACGAGACUUACUGGAAAAGAGCACUGUGCAUGGAGGUUUUCCGGGGGAUAUUUGCAGACCACGCCCUUCUCAGGCGCAUUUACGCCAUGUUUGAUGCUACCGAAGGGGAAAAGGAUGUCCUCAAACCCCUGAUAGCUACAUUCGUGCGCUUGAGCUCCGAGAAGCCUGCUUUGAUUGGACUUGGUCCUCAAUCCUCGUUACCUAUGAUCAGCUCAAACACUCAGAGCUCGUCUGAGCAAGCCAUCGCUGAGGCCAGUGGCAUGACCGGCCUGAUGACAGGACCGGUUGGAUCAGAAACCAUUACUAUAGGUAUCAGCACACAGUUCAGCUCAGUACGCGUUCCCUGUAUUGAUCAGCUCGACAAGACUGAGGCACCUGCAAUCCCAGAGUCUUACCUCUACAGUCUGGUACUGGCCUGCAUCUCCAAUGUCUCUGACAAUCUCGCAAAGCUUGUCUUAUCUAUCACGGUUGGGAGUGAGACGAGAAAUCGAAAGAGAACCUCUAGACAAGAAUUUGGGCGUGACUCACCUGUACCCCAAAGCGAACAUGAAAGCGCAUCACCAAAGAGCAACCUGGAAAGGUCAACAUCGUUCAGGAAGAACCCUAUUCCUGUGAACCCGCUUUCACUCGUAGACCAUCCUCAGCAUUCCGAGGUCAAGAUUUGUGCCGCAAUCGUCGAAGAAUGCUGGCCAGCCAUUCUUGCGACUUGCUCAACGUUCUUGAAUGCUGCUCUGGACUCGGAAUACUACCAUGGAUUGGUGCGUGCGUUCCAGCGAUUUGCACAUGUCGCUGGUUUGUUGCAGUUGUCAACGCCCCGUGAUGCUUUCCUCACAAGCCUAGGCAAGGCAGCUGUCCCGUCCAAUCUCCUUACUGCUUGUGUCAAUUCUGGCCAGGGCCGUCCCCAGACACCGAGUACACCAACCGAUGGCAGUCUUUUCAGCAAUGCUCGGGGACUCCUUAGCGUUGACAGCCUGACACCCACCACACCUACCGCUGAUAAGGGAAGACAAGCAUCGUUCGACGCUUCAGUUGUCUCUUUGAAUACCCGCAACCUGUUAUGCCUACGAGCACUUCUUAAUCUGGGUAUCGCGUUGGGUCCAACCUUGUCAGAUGCUUGGAAUAUCAUAUUGGAGACUCUGCAGCAGGCAGACUUUGUACUUUAUGUCAGCGGAAAGACUCCCGGCAGAGCACCAAGUAUCAACCGAGGACUUGAUUCAGGGGGUGAUAACGAGACGGCAACGUUGAUGCACAACUUCAGUUCUGAAGUUCGUGCUGUCGAAACUGCGGCUUCGAGACUUAUUGAUAGCACGAUUGACUUCCCCAACGAGUCGUUUCUGGAAGUUGUGGCAGCUGUCUGUAGUUUGUUGGCGCAACGACUACCUGAACAGUCUGAGGGAGCAUCCCAAGCCCAGGUACCCUCGGAUGGGCAGCUCAAGGCUCCUGUCGCACAAGGCCGCAGAGCCUCUGGGCAGAUGAACACUGGAUCGACCCAGGAAGAUAAAUUCGCACUUGCCAAAAUAGGCGAGCUUGCUAAUAUCAAUAUCGAACGACUUUUAGAAUACAGCCCAGAAGAAUCUGGCUGGGAUGUACUAACCGAAAAACUCAUCGACACCUUAACUUCCUCAAACACAAACUCAUCCGUCCGAACAAGGGCAGCUGAUAUCCUUGUCAAACUGGUAUCGGAAGCUGCCAAUGUAACUUCUUCGCUACCAGAGGAGGCUCGCGGCGACAAACAACUGCGGUUCUUUGAGGCUCUUCGCAUGUCACUAGAACCUCUGCUUAAGGGAGACCGUGAGGUGUCUCUUGCAAGCCACUCCACGGAUAUUGAUAUUCACAAAAUUAUCCUUGACGGGCUUCAAAGUAUCAUCGAGAGCAACGGAGAAACACUAGUCAAGGGAUGGGACAUUGCCUUUGAAAUCAUUGGCACCAUCUUUGUUACGAGAGAACUCGACCACGAGUAUCGCCGCGGCUCAGUGGCCAACCCAAUUCUCCUGGACACUCGAUCAGCAAAACUCAUCAGGUCGUCUUUCAACUCUCUCCAGCUUAUUUGCUCAGACUUCCUGGCCUCGCUACCAAAUUCGUGUUUCUUGAUCCUUGUCGAUAAUCUCUACAAGUUUUGUUCACAAGAUGACGAUCUUAACAUUGCAUUGACUACGGUGACCUUCUUCUGGGUGUUGAGCGACUUUCUCUCAUCGAAGAACGAGUCGCUUGAUAUCCCCGCGGAGAUGAUGCAAAACACGAACCCAUCUGAUCUUGAGAAAAUGGCAGCCGACCAUGAACACAAAUGCUCAGAUGCGGCAUUGUGGAUGUUGCUUCUGCUCCGACUGACAAAUGUUACUACUGAUGAUAGACUCGAGCUUCGUAACAGCGCGAUUCAGACCUUGCUAAGAAUAUUUGAUGCAUACGGCGAUCGACUUAGCUCAGAGUCGUGGUCAACAUGCGUCAAAUCAGUUGUUUUCAAACUCUUAUCAUCAAUCGAGCAAGAAAUCAGAGUCUUGCAAUCGGGAGAGGAUGAAGAAGCGGAUGAUGGUGAUCGUGCUGAGUGGACAGAGACAGCUGUUGUGGUUCUCAACGGUAUCUCAAGCCUCUUGGCUAAUUAUCUCGAUAUCCUCGCAGUUCAUCCCUCGUUUGACGACCUGUGGAAAGAAUUGCUUACCCACUUCACUACUCUACUCGACUUCAAAGUCCUCGAUAUCAACACUGCGAUCUUCAAGGCUCUUGCUCACAUCCUGUCCGAAACUAGCAAUGAUGGUAAAUCUGCCUUUAGCAAGACUGCGAUUGAUAUUUCGUGGGAACUUUGGGCAAGAGAAGUCCCGACUUCAAAGCCUGUCGGUGAAAAGGCUGAAGACAACCAAAACUGCCUCAUUGCCUAUGUGUCGGUUUUGACAGAAAUCUACCGACUCAUACAAGAAACUCUUGAGGUGAAUAGAGUCUCCAGGAUUCUGGACUUGCUCCGCGAGACCUUGGAUGAAGCCACGGUUGGUGAUUACGUCAAAGAUAUUGAGUACAUGACGCAGUUGCAGGCGCAAAUUAUUGAAGCCGUUCAGAUGAUCCGAACCGACAUCGAAGGCGUUCCGUCGGCCAUGAUCACACAAGUUGCGGAUUUUGUCGUCCUGCCAUUCGUUCAGGCAUCAAAAUCUGGCUCGAAGCGCACAUAUAUUGCGCUCUCCAAAAUGAGUAUGAAGGAACUGGAAAAGCUCAUUGUCAAUCAUUCAUCGAACUCCGACAUCUAUAGCAGCAACUCUUUUUACAGGGCCCUGGAAGCCUUGUGCAAGCCCAUUGCGCUGAAAUAUGGGUUCACUACAAUCACCAAAUCAACACCGCCGUGGAGGCUGGCUACCUCUACAGCGCUUACUGUCCUUGAGGCGACCCUUUCACACAUUACCAGCCUAGAGCUUUCGAAAGAAGUCACCCAGAAAAUUUGGACUACUGUUGUGACCAUCGCUGACGGAAUCAUGAGCGCGGACUGCAGUAUUGCUCCCUCAGAGACGAAUCUUGCCGACGACGAGAGCUUUGAUAUAGAAUCAUUCCACAAGCUGCGAGAACUAAUCAUACCUUCUCUGGGUGCAACCGCAGUUCCCGAAAAGGCUCGAACGGCUUAUGCAGAGAGUCUCUUCAAGACAUCGAUAAUUCAUGCACCUUCACCAGAAGAGGAGUCGAUCAUCAACGGAACACAUGAAAAAGGUCUAUCGGCGCUUUAUGGUAACCGUGCAGGUCGAACUGUAUCUAUACCACCAACAAAGCGCGUGAACAUGGCUUAUGUCACCUGCGAAGUUUUGUUUGACAUGGUUGCUGCUAGAGACGAGCCAACAAUUGUCAUUCAGCCUCCGACGCCUCAGUUCCCCGACCCAAAACAUAGUCGAUUUCUUGAGUCGCCAGUUAGCCUCCAUGCCCAGAUCGCUAGCACAGCUGCACCAUUCCUCAUACUUCGAUGCGCAUUGACAUUGAGGGCAUAUAUUGCUGACCAGCCUCUACGGGGACGGAUGCCUCAGCCUCUGAGCCAACGAAAGGAGCUGUCAUGGAUUCUACGGAAACUAGUUGAUUUGAAGAGUGACAGUGACUCAAUCCCUGAAUUGAGAAAUGUUGAGAGCGAGGGAAGGAAGCAUCUUCUAAGACUUUAUCCUCUUAUUGUACGGGCGUCUGGCGUAGCUGGGCACGAGGCGGUUAGUGCUUUGUUAAGAGAAGCCCUAGAAGUUGUAGGAGAAGAGUUGGGAUUUUGA